AUGUCAUAUCUAUCCACUGAUAAAAUCUUGAAAUCCAGUGAUGGCACCGUUAUCUUCGCCAGAGCGGUUGGUCAACCUGAUCGACCCAGCCUGGUCUUUGUCCACGGGCUUGCGCUGAGUGGAAUUGUAUUUGACGACCUGUUCAAGAAUCAAGAUCUGUUAGAUCGGUUUUACCUGGUCUCAUAUGACAUGCGCGGACACGGAAGAAGUGGGAAGCCUGAUACAAUCGAGGGACAUGCAUCGAACUUGUACGCGGAUGAUUUUGUAGCGGUGGUUAACGCUUUCGGUCUACAGUCUCCUCUCUUCGUGGGCUGGAGCCUUGGCGCUACUGUCGCAUGCGAUAUUUGUGCGAAUCUAGAACCAGGCGCGAUCUCAGGAAUCGUAUACGCCGCAGGAAUGCCAUACCUCGGCCCAGUCACCAGUGUAGUUGGAAAACCAUUCGUUCUUGGGUGUCUUCCAGGUCUCUACUGCACCGAUAACGUUAACGUGUCGGUUGAAACCAAGGUCGCUUUUGUUGAUUCAGUCUUCACCGAUCCCGAUAGUGUUCCUAUACACAUCAAAUGGGCAUGGUUAGGCUCUGCAACAGUUCAGUAUCCUGCUGUAUCUCGAGCAGUUCUUGGGCGAAUACAGGAUCCAGAGAAACUUUACGAAGCUGGAUCCAACGGGCUUCCGUUAUUGCUGGUAUACGGUACAGAGGACAAACACCUGGAUGGCGAGGCCGCAGAUAAGUGGAUGAGGCCACAUUUCAAAGAUUUUGAGGUUCAUUUUAUUCAAGAGGGAAGCCAUUCGCCAUUCUACGACAAUGAAGAAGAAUUUGUUGGAGUUCUCGUCAAUUUCGCGUCUCGAGUCUUUUCCAAGUAG